CUCCUAAUGACUACUUCCUCUAGAUCCAUUGUCGGAAAAGAGGGUAUCGAACUUCUGGCCAAAAUCCCACAUAUCAUGGCCCCACUGCUCCUCCUCCUCCUCUACUCUAUGUCUCCAUGCUUGAGUUUCCUCUAGCUCCACUCUUCUCUCUUGCUCAAAGGCAUCCCAAUGUUGCUCAUGCAUGGCUUGAUAUCUGAGGAAGUUCUCCUCCGGACUCUCCACGCCUGCAACCUCAGCUCUAUAGUUAUCAUAUUAUGGUGGUGGUGGUGGUGGUGGACGAGCUUCAUAUCUCUGAUGCUCAUGUAUCCUCUCUAAAUGUACUGUUGGUGUCCCCGCAUCAACCCAUGUUGAGUAGCUAGGACAAUCUUACCUAGCCAAAUCCACUCCAACUCUAGUCAUCCUCUCUAUACAAAAAAUGAAUGAUGGUUGUCUAAUAAUCUGCCAUGUCCUGCUAGGGUGUCCCAAAGAGCAAAAAUGUAUUCCUCUCGAUGAUCAUUAAUAUACUAGGUUAUGGUGAGAACAUAGCCCACCUCCUGGAAGCGCUCUCAAUGAAGUAAUGUUAUACCUCAUAAGCACUACAAGAAAAUUAGGCUUCGGAGACAGAGGUUAUUUGCGUCUAAAUGUCACUUAUUUGUUUCUAUAUGUCUUUCAAUGCAAAUAUGCUAUUUGAAUCAUCUGCCUCUGCCUCGGAUUCCUUUUGGGAGCAAUUGUAGAUGCAAAUAGUAUAUGCCUUUAAUAAUCGAAUUGGACACAAAUAUUUUUUACUCUAAUGAUAUGUUUCAAAGCAAAUAUCUUUGUUUCAAUUUAGACUUUAGGGAACACAUUAUAUAUUGUUGUGUAGAGAUAUACUAAGUUUUGGAGACAUAUGUAUUUUGCCACUGUACAUAGGACACAAGUCACUAAUAUUAAAAAAAAAAAGAAUAUAAUUGCUAUGGAAUUAAACAUUAAUUUUAUUAAAUUAAGAAUACACUAAAAAUACAUUAUCAAUCUACCUAGCAGCAAAUACAAUACAUUAGGAAUCUACCCUAGCAGUUAAUAAUAAAAAUAUAUCCUAACAGUUUUAUGCCUAUCAUCAUCAAUGCCUUCCGUUUCUCACUGUGCCAUCGCCGCUAUCAUGUCCUUCUCUUCUUCUUCAAACUCGACUCCGCCGGCAAUGGUAUUACCCGAGGCGGACCCGGGAAAGGAUCGAUUGCUGUUUUUGGUGUGAUGUAGCCUGCAAUGAGGAAAUAUGAAGCAGAGGAAGAUGAAUGCAGAGAAGCAGAGUUUGCAACAGAUCUGCAUAUGGGAGUCCAGGGGGCGAAGGAGCUUCAAUUUGCAGAACCUAACACCACCAAACCAAACACCAAGAAAGUCAUCAGAUAAUAUCAAACAAAAAUGGCAAACAAAGAGACAACAUAAGUGUCUUAGGUGUAAGCUAUCCCCCAUUUGCUAUGGCUUCUUUGCCAUCGAAUGCCAGCGGCAGAUGCUCCGCCUCCACAGCCCAAGCACCAACAGGCAACAGCUCCUCUUCGACGCCAGCAGUGGCAACUUCGCCUCGGCAGCAAUAGUGACGCUCUGGUCCGACUAUGAAGAAGGUUUGGUGGAGAAUCAAAAACACAUAUGAGAUUUGAUAUAAUUGAACAAAAAGAUGUGAGAGAAUGAAGAGGAGGAGGGGACAGUGGAAAGUGUAAGCGAAAGGGUGGUGAUAAGGGCAAAGUGGAAACAGAAACACGAAAGUAAGACGCAUUUUACUUUUUUUUUCUCUAAAACAAAUUGUGGGAGAGAGAGCUAAAAUUUCAAUUGAGGUGAAAUUCUUACGGUCAAAGUUUUGCUGUAAAUAUGGAGACGGGCAAAAAAUAGGGUAGCCAAAAUGGAGACGUAUACAAUGACGUAUCGAGACAAAUCAUAUUUAUUUCUAAAUGCUUUAAUUUUUUGUGAAACAAAGACAGAUAGAAUAACAAUAUGAGACAAAUAAUAUUUCUUUCUAAAAGUCUUUGAAAAUGUAAUGAUACAAAGACAUAUACAAUAACAUAUCGAGACAAAUAAUAUUUUUGCCUCAACAAAUUAACUAUGAAAAAUGAUACAAUAAUUGCAUCUGAUUAUUUGUCUCCGUAGUUCAGAUUUCUUGUAGUGAAGGUAGUCAAUAAUCAACCAUCCCGGAUGUAUACAUCAGUCAUUAAGAAAAGCAUGAUAUAAAAUCACGUCACCAAUGGUCGCCUUCCCCACAAUCACCCAUAAAUCUCAUAUAAAAGCUACUUUGGCUGAAGUAAUGUACAAACCUCAAAAAAUCGUGCCGCCAUGCCGAAUGUCAGUAGGCGAAGAAUGUCCAGUAGAAAACUCUACCUUUGGGUCCCUAGUGAUAGCUCUCCAUAAAUCCUAGAAGAGUGUUGACUAUGCAACUGCAUCCCAUGUAGCUCCGAGAUACGCAUCGGAGAGGGUAGUUCUAAUAUGGUAUGGGGGAAUCUUUAGCUUUGUCACGAAGCCAUCAUAUGUGUUAGUGAAUCGCCUUCAUGCCAAUUUCUAGUUAGUUUGGGACUUAUUUCCCUAUUCUUAGUAAGUUAGUUUUAUGUUUUUGUAACCUCUAUAGAUAGAGGAUGCAAGACUUACUAAAUUUAACACAUCUAUUAGAUACAUCAAGUUCGAUCAAUAAUAUUUCAUCUGAUUUUAUUAGGAUAAGUACUAGUCUUCCUUAUUUAAUCACGGCUACCCUCACAAUGGAGUGCCCCUCAACAUGAGUUAUGAUCACCGCAAAACAUAUCACCACCUGCUGUCAAAACUGAGGUAUGUUUACUGCACAACGUAUCACCAUAUAGUAGCAUACCUAUACGUAAGCAAUGGAGACCGCGUAACUCAUCACCGUCCGGCUCCACGCCUAACCGAUAACACCCAAGUAGGGUGUUUGAUUCUUUAACACGAACUUGCAGCUCAAGCUCUACAAAUUAGGCCAAAGUAACUAAAUUGCCACCGAUGAACAAAAGGAAAAGGAUGGAACUCUUUGUGCAAUCCCACACCUGGAGGAAGGCUCAAUGAGUAUACGUCGAUGCUCGCCCACGACCAAUGGGAUUUUGGCCGAUACAAGAGCUCAAUCGAGCUUGGUUUUCUCAGCAAAGCUCUCAACCAAAAACUAGCUUCGAACACGUAGUUUUUAGGGUUUUCAAUCUUAAUCAAACUCAACUGUCGAUUACAAUACCUUCAUAGGUCUUAAAUAGAACUUACAAACAACCUUAAACGCAAAGGAAACCCAAAAUAAACAAGGAAAACGAAAACAGUCCAAAUCCUAAAGCAAUACGGAAACUUAAAACGCUAGUAAAAGCACAGUUUUGAUGUCAUUUUCAAAGCCCUUGUUUGGAGCCUUUCAGUCAUGGAUUACGAAACCGUACCGGACAUCAAACCGGAAUCGUUUUUGGCAUGGUAAAUCGUGGUACAACCAUGGUUCAACUGUUUCCUACCGGCAAAUACCGUUUUUGGAAUAAAAAAAUUAUUUUUUUGUUAAAAAACCGUACCGACAAAAUUAGGGUACCAUACCGGGAAAAUACCGGAAUAAAACCGGAUUAUACCGCCCAAUGUUUGCACCUGAUCACGCAUCAACCACACUACCACCACCAAUUUCCUCAAUUUCCUCAAUUUCAGACUCAAUUUCGUGCAGCCCUGGCCCAAUCCUUCCACCAACUCAUCAAACUUGUACUACUGUUCUUGAGCCCAACCUCCCAAAGUUCCUGAUCCUUGCCCACAAAAUCACCUUGCCAUAAUACCUUACUCACCGCUAAUACUUCCCCCUCCACCCCAAUCGAGUUCACCCACCUCCAAUACCCCAGAUUUGCCACCGCCAGAAGCUAACACCGAAAACCUUCCUCCCGCCUCUCCUUUCCCAUCCGACUUCCCUUCGUUCUUUGAGCCUUUGAACACCCAACCCAGUUGUCAACCCUCUUUUGACAUGAAAAUUUUCGACCCAAACCAAUCACCCGUUGAUUUAUUCACCUUGAUCUCAAAAAGCCAUCAGAUCAGCAAAGCUUCAGAGUCAGGGGACUUGAAUUGGGUACGCACAGGUGGAGUCUGAAAUUGAGGAAAUUGCUAGCGGAGAAAGACGAACGAGAUGGAGCAAAAAAAAAACACUACCUCUAAUCCUCUUUCUCGGUUUCUCCUCCGGCUCGGCGCUGCUGUGAACGAUGAUGCCUUCGAUCGCUGGGGAGGACGAGUCACCGGUGGUGUUUGGUUGCUGGGGAGGACGCUGUCACCGGUGGUGUUGAUCUCUGGUAGAGUUUGAGAGGCAGAGCGGCGCGACGCGGGGAGACGAGAGACAGAGCGGCGCUGGGCGAGGGAGACGAGAGGCAGAGAGGCCGAAGGUAGGUUUUUUGGCUUUUUGCGUCUCUGCUUCCCUUCCCUUCCUCCCUUCCGUUUUUUUUUUUUUGCAUCAAAACGGCGUCGUUUGCAUUAAAUGAAGGGACCGCCAAGUUUAAUUAAACCGGCCGAAAUUUCGGCCCAUUGCGGUCCAACCGCAAAUACCGUCCGGUAGGUUUUUGAAGGGUACACAGCCCUAUUGUACCGGUUUACCUCCGGUUUCCGGUUUUCCGGUCCGACCGGCCGGUCCGGUACGGUAUCCUGGUCCUUGCUUUCAGUUGUUGAAUCGAUCACCCUACCCCUUGCUCCUGUACUAGAAAGUACAAGCUUUCAUGUGGUAUGAGCCUUGAAACGUGAUUCCCAGCAAGUUGUUGUGAAUUGGACUCCAAAGUGACAUGCCUGCAACCGCUCCAUGCCUUAGGCAAUUCCUGGCAGUUUGCCUGUGUUGCCAUGGGGUUUUUGACGAGCUUGAAAAUAACACCUCCCAGCCUUCCCUCGAGGUCCCAGACAUCCCCAUUUGUUUAGCAACUUGCAAGAUUCAUAACAAACCCUUCCAAUCCAAUUUCCAUCAAGACAGGGGCGGAGCCAGGAAUUGAACUUCGGGGGGCCGAGAUUUGUUUAGUUUACUAUCGAGAAACGAUGAAUUAUAUGAACAAGUGAUUAAGUUAUAACAACAAAAAAUAAAUUUCUACGGUAAUAUAUUCGAAAAAAGCAA